GAUGGGUUUGGGAGUUUGAUCGAUGCUCAAAAGUUGCAUACAUUUACGCAAACAAGUUGGAGAUGGUCUUGCAAGAUGUCAAUAAAUGACUUAUUCUCCAAAUUUAAGUUCAUACGUGUCUUAUCUUUGUCCUAUUGUAAUAGACUUACAGAGGUGCCUGAAUCUAUAGGAAAUCUUAAGCAUAUCCGUUUAUUAAAUCUCUCCCAUACUAAUAUAGAGAAGCUACCCGACUCGCUAAGUUUACUCUACAAGUUGCAAAUACUAAAGCUGAACUGUUGUCAAAAAUUAAAGGAGCUUCCCUCAUAUUUGCAUCAACUUGACAAUUUGUGUCGACUCGAAUUUGUACAUACUAGAGUGAAAAAUGUGCCAACACAUUUGGGAAAACGGAAGGCUCUGCAAGUAUUGAUGAGUUCGUUUUGUGUUAAGAAAAGUAAGGAAUUUGGUAUCCAACAAUUGGGAGAACUCGAUCUCCAUGGAAGUCUAACCAUUGAUGAACUGCAGAAUAUUGAGAACCCCUCUGAUGCAUUAGAAGCGGAUUUGAAAAAUAAAUCACACCUUAUGGGGCUAGAGUUAACAUGGAAGUUAAUUGUUGGGUCCCAUGUUGAUUCAACCAAAGUUGGGAAUGUAAUUGAGAAUCUAAGACCUUCAAAAUGCUUAAAGAAGCUGUCAGUAAUUAAUUAUGUGGGUAAACAAUUUCCAAAUUGGUUACUCAAUAAUUCAUUACCGAAUCUGGUGUACUUAGUGUUGCUCAAUUGUAAAAAUUGCCAACGUUUUCCUCGGCUUGGUCUUUUGCCAUUUUUGAUGAAGUUGGUGAUUUCAAGGUGUGAUGAGAUAGUGAACAUUGAUGCUGAUUUUCAUGGGAACAAUUCUUGUUCAUUUAAAUCCCUGGAAACAUUGGAGUUCUCCUUUAUGAUGCAAUGGGAAAAAUGGGAAUGUAAAGCUGUGACAGGUGCUUUUCCACGUCUACAACAUCUUUCUAUGCAUUAUUGUCCCAAGCUGAAAGGGCAUUUGCCAGAGAAACUUGUUCCAUUGAAAACACUAAAAAUUACAAGCUGCCAACAACUGGAGGCUUCCACUCCAAGGACUAUAGCUUUAGAAGUAAAUCACUGUGGAAAGUUGCAGUUGGAGUGGGCUACAAUGAAAAGGCUCAGAAUGGGUUGCCACAGCACAGAAGCAUCAUUACUGGAGAACAUCACAUCUGAUAUUUCUCUCCAACACAUGCACAUUUAUUCAUCCCUGACGUCGAUAAGUGUCAACUCUGUCUCUCUAAGGACCUUUCCGCUGGAUUUCUUAACAAAACUCAGGACGCUUAGCAUUACGGAGUUUCCUAAUUUACAAACGAUUUCACAGGAUCACGUUCAUAAUCAUCUCCAGGAUCUGGCAAUCACAAAUUGUCCUAAAUUUGAAUCAUUUCCUACAAACAUGCACACACUCCUUCCAUCUCUCACGAAGUUACAUAUAGCAGAUUGUCCAAGACUUGAGUCGUUCCCUAAGGGAGGUUUGCCAUCAAAUCUAAAAUGCAUGUCACUCAAUAAUUGUUCUAGACUUGUUGGCUCACUCAAAGGAGCUUUUGGAGCCAAUGCCUUGCUAGAAAUGUUGUCGAUUGAAGAAGUGGAUGCAGAAUGUUUUCCUGAAGAAGGUUUGCUUCCGCUCUCUGUUACUUCUCUAACCAUCGAUCAUUGUCUAAAUCUAAAAGAAAUUGACUACAAGGGUCUCUAUCAACUCUCAUCUCUUCAAACACUGAGACUUUUGAACUGCCCCAACUUCCAACGCUUACCGGAUGAGGGUCUUCCCAAAUCAAUUUCAAGUCUUGAAAUAGCUAAUUGUCCUUUGCUGAAACAACGUUGCAUGGAAGGAAGAAGGUGAAGACUGGGAAAAAAUUGCUCACGUUCAAAAAGUGGAUGUAUAGUAGUGAAUUUGUUUAUUUUGAAUACUCAUGCAUUUGCUUGGC